AUGAUCCGCGCCUUCCUCGUCGUCGCUCUCGCCACUGUCGCCGUCCUCUCCGCUCCAAUCCCGGAGAUCCCGGAGAAGUUCGACGACAUUCCAUCCGAGUACAAGGGACUCAUCCCAGCCGAGAUCGCCGACCAACUGAAGGACAUCACCACCGAGGAGAGAGCUGCCCUUAAGGAGCUCGCCCUCAACCACAAGAACUACAAGACCGAGGAACAAUUCAAGGCCGCCCUGAAGGAGAAGUCGCCAUCCCUUUACGAGAAGGCUGAAAAGCUCGAGGAGGUGCUCCGCGCCAAGUUCGAGAAGAUCGACGUUUCCGCCCAGGCCCUCGUCAAGAAGAUCAUCGCCGAAGGACGUCAGCUCCACCAGCAAUACCUCGCCGGAGAGAAGCCGUCUCUUGAUACCCUCAAGGAGCUCGCCAAGGGAUACAUUGCCGAGUACAAGGGACUUUCCGAGGCCGCCAAGGACACCAUCACCGCCCAGUUCCCAAUCCUCACCGGAUUCUUCCAGAGUGAGUACCGCCUUCACAGCUCUUUCAAUCUUAUAACCACCUAAUCACGCGUUUACUUUCCAGACGAGAAGGUUCAAGCCAUCGUCGGACAAUACGUCAACUAA